AUGUCGACUUACUUGGAUCACAUUUCUUACACUCCCCCGAAGCCUACUUUGGCAAAGCUAGUCUUCAAUUCUCUGGCUGGGAUCCUUGUUUGUUUCCUUUUCAUCUUCGAGUUCAGACGCAGAGUCCCGCAUUGCUUCCCAUUGACGCUGGACACGCUCUUGUCAAUCAUACUCACGGAAAUCAGCCGACGCAAGAGCGAGCACAGCCUUCAAAAAUUGCAGCACCAUCUCGACGAGCAAAGCAACGAUGCUGAGAAAGGCCAGAAGCAGACGAACAAGGCUGGCGUGCCUUACAUUGUCUCGGUUGUCGGCUACCGCGAGGACAGCGCGCUUUUCAAGCGUGCCCUUGCCUCGUACAGCACUUGCACGGGCGCCAUAACCCUGUUGGUCGGCAUUGACGGCAAUGAAGCCGAUGAGGAUGCCGAGAUGGUGCGCUGCGUGCUUGCUGUAUACCCACAAGCCAAAGUCAUCACUCUGCCUGAGCCGCUGGGCAAGGCCGCGCAGCGCCUGGCUGAAACACGGGCGUUGGGGCACGACCUCAGCGGCGUGGAAUCCGAUGAUGAGCGGCUCGAGAUGUUCCACGACUUGCCUCAGGAAACGAAAGAGGAGGCGGAGAAGUGGGCAAUGGACCAAGUUGCCGUCAUGGCUGCGGAUAUUCUGCACGCAAACGACGCCUUCCAGGAGACUGAUGGCUUUCAGGUAAUUUGCGUCACACAGCCGCAUGUUUGCAAGAAAGACAUCAUUUUCACCAACACCGUCUUCACUUCCGCCCUCGGUGCGGAACAUGGCGUCGGCUAUGUCUGGUCCAGUGAUUCAGACACCUUCGUGCUCGAGGAGACUGUCGACCAGACCAUUGGCUGCAUGGCGCUGGACCCAGGUGUUGGUGGCAGCUGCACCAGCCUCGGGGCGCACAACGGAGAUGCGAGCCUCAUCGCUGCCGUCACAGCUGCUGCGUACUGGAGCGAGCUGGCCUUCUGUCGUGGCCAGACUGGCGCUGUCGAGGCGACGGACUGCCAGCCGGGACCCUGCGCUGCCUUCAAGAUCCGCGCCGUGGAGCAGGUGUUGUUCAAAUGGUAUAUGCAGACGGCAAUGGGACACAAGACGGUCGUCAACGAUGACCGCCACCUCAGCACCCUCCUGAUGAUGAACAACUGGCGCAUCACCUUCAACACCAUGGUCCUCACCGUCACCGAAACGCCCUCCAAGCUAGUCAACCUCAUGCUCCAGCAGCUGCGCUGGUCGCGCGCCACCUACGUCGAGACGCUGCAGUACCCAGCCGUCUACGCGGUGCGCGGCCCCAUCUCGCUCCUCUGCGGCCUCCGCCGCGUGUACGGCCCCAUCGCCACGGCCGCCAUCGUGCUGCGUUUCGUGUGGGACGGGUCGGCGCCGUUCCCGCUGUCGCUGACCGACAUAUUGGCGCGGCUGGCCCUCUGCGCCGGCUACAACGCCGUCUUCUUCGGCCAGUACCAGGGCACCGUCCGCCACUGGAGCCUGCUGUUCGUGUCCCAGGUCUUCUACCAGAUACCCUUGCCCGGCAUCGCCGUCUGGAGCUGUAUGACGAUGCUGCAGAAUGGCUGGGGCACCCAGAUGCGCAGCACGCAGCACCGGAUGAGGGCGCCGCAUCCUGGGUGGGAUAAUGUGGGUACGGUGCUGGCUAUGUCGGCGUGGAUGGGGCUGGUGGCGGCCGCCGUGGCGCGGGUCAUCAUUUCCAGGUGGGGGUCCAUCGGCGCUCUUGGGAUGAAAACGAACUUCAGUCUCAUCCCUGCGACGGUCAGCCUUGCAUUGCCUCACGUUUGCCGUCCGACUUCAAACACGAUGAGGGACAAACGAACGAUAGGCGCGAGUCACAUCUCCAGCGACUUUAAUUACACGUACCCGAAUGACAUGAUAUGGGACAAAGCCAUCGCGGAGAUGGGGGUUUAUCCCGUGGACUACACCAUCGGGUAA